AUGGAAGUGGUAUGCCAAUACCGGCUUGAGGCAAUGGACGACAAUGAAACAAAAAUUAGUGUUGCGUUGGUCAAGGCAAUGGCGUGCUUGAAUGAAGAUGCCACUAAACGAGUGUUAGACUGGUUCUGGAAAGAGGAGAAUCAACAGAUUGUCGAGGGACUGGUAUAUAAAGUCCGACUUCCAUUAUUCACACAAUAUUUGUAUGUACAAAACAAUACUCUCCGAAGUCUAGCCGCAGAGACUAUUCUCCAAAUCAUUAAGCAUAUGAUCAUAGUCGACGACAAAAAGUUCUUAAUGCGCCUGAUGAACACCGACGAAAUAUUUUUAACACAAUUUUCACUCCUUCUUGAAGACGACUCGCUUUCGGACUUACACGGAGAUGUUGUUGAAAUUAUUUCAAGGUGUAUCCCACUCUCUAUUAAUAACAAUUCGUUCUCACCUGUCAUCAAACCUUUGGUCAAUUUACUCACUACGACGAAUACAAAUACUAAGCUCACUUUAAGUACGUUGCAAGCACUCUUCCAAGCUACUAAUACAAAGUAUGAAAUUCAGUUCGUGAAGUUCGACGGGAUCAAUCGCUUGGUCUAUUUAGCUGAACAUUCGGAGAAUAAUGAAGUCAGGUUUUACUCGCUCGAGUUGAUUAAAAUUCUCUUGAAAAAUCCACAAGAGAACGCACGACUGGCGUUUAACAAACGGAUGUUUGAAACACGACUGCUCAGCGUAUUGAUUGACAUCAUCGACUCGAAGGAUGAAAAGUUAUUAAAACAAGCACUGGACAUGAUCGAUACCUUCUCGACGAUACCGGGGAACAUCGACGAAAUGUUUAAAAGUGAUAUCUUCCACUACUUACUCGAGUUUCUUGUGUUUCCAUUUGAGGUUGGCGUCGACAAGUUCUCAGUGGAAGCGAUCUUACACACUCUCCUCCAAGUCUCAAUUUCUAAGUCAGUAGUGAUGAAAUUGGCCGACGUCGGGCUCCCUUUAAAGCUCAUUAGUAUCAUGGAAGCACAUUCUUUCUUUACGGAGAGAAGUAUCGAAUACGCCAGCGACAUGAUAUCUAAUAUAUGCAGAAUAGCAGAGUCACGACAGCAAUUCGUUCAAUACGAAUUGACCAACGCACUGAAAGAAGUUGUUGAGGAUCCUUCAGUCAGCGACUUCACAAAAGAUAUGGUGACACAGUUAAAGAGACAAUUUGACAAUAUGAAGAUGAAGGAAGACCUGAUGAUGUCCAUGCAAAAGGUGUGUAAGACAAACACCAUUGAGAAACAGCAAAUGGAUAACAUGAAAAGUCUUUUCUCGCUGUUUGAUAACAACAAAGAAGAUAAAGAACCGCAGAGUAUCGAGAGUGAGCCGGUUGAUAUGAACGAAGUGUACAAAGAAGUCGUGAAAAUUCCAACAAACACAAAAGCAGAUUUUGUCAUUGGUAGAAAAACACGCCCAAAGAGUUUAUUGCCAGAAGGGAUAUAUCCAUACACUACAGACCCACAAAAGGGACCAUCAAGUAAGUUCAAAGAAGACUCCAAGACAUUGCCACAGCAAAAAAGACCAUCAAUGAGAUUGUCGUCGUUUAACAGAAGGUCUAAUGCGGCUGCUCUCAUGAUCCAAGAACAGAAGACUCGUGACGAAGAGAAUAGCAGUAUCAAAGGGAUGAGUAGUGAUAACGAGAGCAUCAAAGUGGAGACCAAAGACGCAAAUUUUACUUCAAGACAACACCACACACAAGUCAAUGGAGCGAACAAAAAAGACUUUUUAUCACAUCAACGUGGGGAUAAAGGCAGAGUUAAACUGAUUGAAGCGAAGAAAAUGGGUGCGGAGGUGAUGAAUGUGCCCACGUUAAAUUCCGUCGUUGAGAACAAAGACACGAUCAACAUCUCCAUGGACAACGCUAAACUCCUCGCUGACUUGAAUUUGAAAAAAGUCACAAGACGGCACGUUGUACAAGAGAUGUACACAACAGAGAAAACUUACACGCAGAACUUGUUGCAGUGUGUGAAUGAAAUUGAACCGGAGAUGAAGAAGGUUAUGACAGAAGUCGACUUCAAUUCGCUCUUCAAUAACAUUUCCGAUGUCUGUAAUGUGCACACCAAGUUCUUCAAAGUGAUAGAAGAACGUUGGAACCAACAAAAAGAUGUCCCAUUGAUCGUUGUGUCCGACAUUUUCCUCGAACUCUUUUCCAACGCAAAUUUGUAUGACACGUAUAUGUACUACUACACACAUGCAGACUCCGGACUCGGGUUUAACUACGCGUUGUGCUCACCAAAUGUAAAUAAGUUGGCACAAGAGUUCAAGCAAAGACGACUCCCCAUCGACCAAUUUCUGAUCCAACCAAUUCAAAGGCUCCCGCGUUAUGUUCUGUUGCUCAAGGAGUUGAUCAAGGCAACGCCGGAGUUGGUUGUCGACGAGAGAGAAAGGCUAAGCAAAGCGCUCGAGUUGUGCAACAAAAUCACUUUGGACUUCAACGGAGAAACAAAAAAGAUCAGAAGCAAAAAGCAGCUUCAGGAAUACUGCGAAAAGAUCGAAAACUACCCACCAAAUCCCAGCCGUGUGUUCAUAAGAAACGGAAACAUCAUCACAAAGUCGAAGAAGAAGAAAUCAGUUUGUCAUGUUGUAUUGAUGUCCGACAUCGUGUUUUUCUUGUUAAAGAAGAAGCAGAAAUACACAAUUCAGUGGAUGGUCGAGUUCAAAGACGUGACUUUGAUCGAGUUGAAAAGCUCGAAAAAGGCCGAAGAAGAGAAAAACUUGGUGAUCGAGUAUGGCACAGGAAAAGAAAAAAAUAGUGUCAGUAUGGUGAUGGGUGUUGACAUUGACUCCGAAGCAUGGCUUACCGACCUUAAUAACUGUAAAAAGCCUUAA